CCCGCGUGUAGCUGCAUGAGUCUCGUUUUGAUACGCGUCUACGUCGGUUGCUAGUCGCGAUAUAACUAAUAAAAAAAAAUAACAACAAACCUCUGGUGACGCCACAAUAUUUUUAUAAAUAAUUUCAAUGAUAAAGACUACUUAAUUAAAUAACAUUAGAUAAUUUUAAUUAAAUUAAUUAAAAACAGUUUUUUUUUUUACAUUAUAUUAUAAUUAAAUUUUAAUAAAAAGGUAAUGAGUCAAUAAAAAAAGUGGGGAGUUUUGAAUUUUAAAUUUUUUUCUUUUUGUGUAUGUAUUACUCACAGACAAGCUGAUUCCGUAAUAUUUAUUUUUCAACUCACGAGUUAGUGAGUCAGAAAUAUAAAACAAGUUAAACUUGAUGGUUAAAUAUGAUUAUUUAAAUAAAUAAUAUAUAUAUUAUAAAUACAUGGGUGAUUUUUAUUGAAAAAAAAAAAGAAAAGAAAAAAUCAUGGGCUGAGCAAACAAAGGAUUUAAAAAAUAAUGAAAACCAUCAUGUUAAAUUCAAGAAAAAGUGUAGAGUAGUAGAGUUGUAUUUUUUAUUUGACAAUUAAUUGUGACAUAUGUCAGCUGUGUGAAUAUUAACAACAAAAAAAAAUUUAUAUCAAAGAGGAUUAUUGAGUUUUUUUUUUGGAGUAGACAGUCGUUGACUUUAUCCAUGGUCAUCGCGUGUAAAGUUGAUAUUAUUUUUCAUCGUCAUUGUGUUCUUUUUAGGUAAAAUUUUACGGUACAAGGACAACUCGAUAAUCGAAAUAUAUAAAAAAAAAUAUAAAAACAGAAAAAAGAUUAUUUCUGUGAAGAAAUAUUGUGUGAGUUGGAGUUACUCGAAACAAUCGAUCGCCUGCGGACGAUUUUAAUCGAUCUUUGUUGUUGGUUUUUUUAUAUUUUAUUCUACAAUCAUUUUUAUUUUACCUUCACGAGAAUCACUGUGUCCAGUUUAGACUGUGCGUGCAACAUUUAUUUUAGUUUUUUUUUUAAAAUAAUGAUUUACGUUGAAGAACGAGAGUCGUCGUUACGCGUUUGGAUAUUUAGAGCCUCAUCUUAGCAUGAACCUUUUCGUGUUUUUUAGUUAAAAAAAUAACAGUGAAUAUUUAAUUAUUAAAUAUAUAUUUUAUUUAUUUAUUUUUUUGUCUUUUCCAAAUGUACUAUUUGGAUAUUGUUUGCUGGAGCAACAAUAAAAAACGUGUUAAAAUAAAACAAAAAUUAAAAAAAAGUUUUUAAAAAAAAUAUCAAGUCAAGUAAUUUGUUUUCUUUUUUUGUUCUUUUUUUUUUUUUUUGUGUUUCAAUGAUUAAUUAUAAUUGACAUGAAAAAAUUUGUCAUUUAUGAUCAUUGAUCAGAUUUAAAAAAAUAUAUAUAAUUAUUUUUGCGGCACAAUACAAAGUGUCACGUGAAAAAAAAGCAGAUAAAUAAUUUAUAAAAACAAAAAACUUGACAAACUAGUUUAUUAAAUAUCAAUCUGUCAUAUUAUCAUUUCUCAUAUGACAUUCUCAAUGAAAUACCUAUACCUAGUUUGACAUUUAGUCAAUAAAUCAAGACCGGAUGUUGAGAAAUUCAAUUGAAGAAAAUUGUAAAACAAAAAAAAAUACAAACUAAGUGUCUCAGUGUGUCAUCUGUAACAACAAACUUGUUUUUACUAUUUUACAUUUUUUAAAAUAUCUCAUUAUUAUCAUAAUCACCAGUAAAUUUUUAAUUAAAAAAAAAAAAUAAAUAAUUAACAAUGUUUUUAGUGUAGCACAAAAAAAAAAAAAAUAAAAGAAGAAGAUAUUUAUUUUUUAUGAAAGUAAAAAUGAAAAAAGAAAUAAUGAAAGUGUAAAAAAAAAUUAUGUGAUUGACGCACAACGAAAACAGUGAGUCAAGUAGUAUUUCAAAAAUGUUUAUGACGAUAAAUAUUGAGGCGUUAGGAGGCAUUGUAUUGACUUCAUUAAAUGUUAGAUAUGGUGAUAGGAUACAACAACAACAACAACUGCAGCUAUAGCGUCAUUGAUUAUUGAACCGACGUAUAUUUUUUUUUAUUUAUUUACAUUGUUUUGAUAAGAGAAAGAAAAAAAACGUCACUACGACUAAAAAAAAAACCGUCCACCAUUUCAGAAUAUCAAAUAAAAAUUAAAAUAAAAAAAAAAAUUGCAUCUCAGGUGGGGAUUAUUGAGUAUUAAUGUGUCAAAAAAAAAAGAAAAAAAAAAUUUCUAUCGUCAAGAGUGUAUGAGUGUAUAUAAGAGGUGAAUAAAUAAACAGUAGAAAAAUUAUAAUUAUUAUUUUAAUAUAUUGUUGAAAUGCUGCCAAGAAAAGAGGGACAGUUGGAGCCUUAUGCGCUUGAAGACAUGAUAUCAGAUUUACAAGCAAGGAGAAAUUCCUUGGAUAGGGAUGAUGAUGUUGGUGAUCCACAUGAGUUACUUAAACAAAGAGAAAGAGAUCUUGUACUUGCUGCUGAACUUGGUAAAGCAUUGUUGGAAAGAAAUCAAGAAUUAACAAGACAGGGUGAAGCACUUACUGAGGAAUAUGCCAAUAAACUUGAAUGUUUAGAGCAAGAAAGACAUUUAUUACGUCGUCGUCUUGAGGAGGCCAAGGACGAGAGUGAAGCACGAGCUCUAGAAUUACAAUCAGAUGUUGAAAAAUUGAGAAUACAACUUGAGGAACAAAGUGAAAAUGCAAGAAGAGCUGAACGUGAACAAGCAACAUUAGUUGUUGAAUUGACAGCACAAAAUACAAGGUUUGCUGAUCAACUCAGAGAAGCAGCCAAGCAAGAGGAACAAUUAUUAUCUGAGGUCAAGGUACUCAGAGAAAAAGUUACAUUAAGAAGUACAACACUUCAGGAUCAUGUUAGCAGUUUAGAAAUACUUAGAGAUGAGGUGGAAUUGGUAUCGGCACAACGCACUGAAUUGGAAAGGCGAUCAUUAGAAUUGCGAGAAGAACGUGCUCGUGCAAUGUCAGCCCUUGAAGAAGCCGAAGAAAGGGCUUUAGCCUUGGAAAGACUUGCUCGAGAAGCAGAGCAUCGAGCAAAAGUUGCUGAACGAGAAAGAGACGAAUUAGCAGCAUCAUUGGCAGCAAUAGAAGCUGAAAGAAGAGCUAGAUCUGGAUCAAUACAAAAACCACCCCGUUCAUUGCAAGCAGAAAUGGAGUGUGAGGUGAGCGGAAGUUCACUUGGAGAGACUGAGGAUAUAAGAACAGAAGUUGCAAGGGCGUGCAAAAGACUGAGAGAACUCAGUACACAUCUACGACGUGGUGAAGAUGAUUCUGGAUUACAAAGUGACUGUGAUGAAUCUAUGCCUGUUAUUGUUAAUGGUUCAGACAGUGAGGGUCCAGGAGCAUUGUCAGAAUUAGUUGAAGAAGUAUUUAGUUUAGCAUUAGCUGGAAGAGGUGCACCAGGUGAAUUAAAUUUAGCAGUUGAACUUCAUCGUGUUACUGAAGAACUUGAUCAUACACAAAAUCAAUUAAAACAAUCACAAGAUGAAUUAAAACGUCGUGGUGAAGCAUUAUUAGAUACAACAAGUAAAUUAAGUGUAUGUGAUGCUGAAUUACGUGGUGUUAAAGAAGAACGUGAUCGUGCACGUGGUGAUAUUGAAGGUACAGAAUUAAAUAAAGAUGAAAUUGUUGCACAAGCAAUAACAGUUAGAGAUCAAGCUGUUGCUAGAAAAAAUAGAGCUGAAGUUGAACUUGCCAGAACGAGAAUUGAUGUUCUACAAGUUAAUAGUCAAUUAAUGGAAGCUAUACAACAAAAAAUUGAACUUAGCCAACAAUUAGAACAAUGGCAAAUGGAUAUGCAAGCACUUAUUGAUGAACAUGUUAAAAGUAAAUUAACACCAUCAAGUCCACAUAUUACAAAUGGUCAUUCAACUGAUCAUUCAGAUAUAUCUGCACCAGCUAGAAAAAAACGUAGUACUGGAAAUGCUAAAAAAAUGUUUGGAUUAUUUUAAAUGAUAAAAUUGACUAAUUUAAUUUUUUCUUUUAUUUUGUUAAUGUGAUGAUGAUUAUUGACUUUAAAUUAUUUAUUUCUAUCUCUUGUGAAAAAAAUUUGUAAAUAAUUUUUUGUUUUAUAAAAUCAAAGUGAAUCAAUUAUUAUUUACAUCACAUAAAUUAUAAAUGAAACUUGUUUAUUGUGUUCUUCUUAAUUGGAAAACAAUUUUGUGAUUUGUUUAAGCUUUUUUUUUUUGUUUUUUAUUUAAUCUUCAAAAUGUGUGUACAUAGUGUAUGUUAAUUAGUUGAUAAAUAAUUUUACAUGUACUUAAUUGAAUGAUGAACGAAUGCAUUUAAUAAUAUUAUUUUGAUUAUGAGAGAAAAUGAGAAUGUAAUUAUAUUUUACUUAAAAAUUAUAUCAUCUGGUCCGUCCACCCAGUCGGGGCUCAGCAACGUUAAUUUAUUAAUUCAAAAUAAAUAAAUAAAGUUCAAAUUUACAGAAACGAAUUUUUACAUGAAUUCAAUACAGUGCAAUUAUAAUAAUUUUAAAAAAUUUCGAUUGACGUGCCUUUAUUGUUAAAAAAUUGUAAAUUAUUAUUGUGUGUUUUGAUGAAUUAAUUAAAUAAAAAAUAUUUUUAAAAAUAAAACAAUAAAAAAACAAGCAAAUGGCUAUUAAUAUUUUAA